GACUCCGACUGCCGUCGUUCCUGGCGGCAGCUGCAGAAGAAUAAAGAGAGGUUUCAACAACAAGUGAAGGCGCAACCUUCUCCGUUAAUAUGUGCUCUUUGCCCGGGUCUCGCCACUGCCUUAACACUGGACUCCUCCCCUUUCCCCCAUGUCCAUGUCCAACUUCCACAUCACGGGCAGUCUCCAGAACGACUUUGUCUCCAAUAUAACUCGACGAACUUCCUUUUCCCUGAAUCAACCUCGGCCAGCCAGCAGGAGUCCAGUCCUCGGCUACCGUUCCCACAAAUCUUCGAGACCCCUUCCUGACAUCUGCCUCGCCCUUCCGCACUCGGCUGGCUUUCCGGAACCCGCGUCUGACACCACCAGAAGGGACCCUUUCUUUGCCACCUUCUUUUUCGCAUAGCCAACCGCACCAGACAUCAGCUUGGGUCUUCUGGGGAACCCGGUCACCGGUGAAGUAAUAACGAAGAACAAAGAAGAAGGAAAAAAAGAAAAAAAAAAAGGAAAAGUCACCUACAGGGAGCAGCGCCUUGAAGCAGGUCAACCUAGCCGCAGCCUUCCGUCUACCUACCUCACCUACCUAUGGCCCGUCCCUAGCGUGCAAUACAAGCCUACCUACCUGCCACUGCCGGCAGCCAUCAGCAUCACCUCGAUCCUGCUCGGCAUCUUCCUCGUGGCACAGAAACUGCACUGGCUGCUGCUGCCGCCGCGCCAUUUGUUAUCAAACACCUCUUGGUUCUCGCGGGUACAAGGGGCUGAGAUCUGCCAGCUGAAUGGCCAAGAUAGGACCACUGAUGGUGCUUAUCCUGCAAUCCGGCAAUAGCAGCAAGCCAAACGAUCAUCCCUUGGUUCACCACUGCGAGCACGCCCUUUGGCCCAGCAUCAGGAACGACCUGCUCCAUUCCUGAAAAAGAAAAGACAAAGGCCAACAUCUGCUUAGCGGAUUACCUUAAUUAGACAAGACCUGGAGUGAUCACUUACCCUGUGCGGCUCAUCAUAGGCGCUGCAGGCACCUCACCUAUUUCCCCACGGCCACCCACCACCAAGACAAAAAGCUCUCUCCUUUCCCAACCAGGAGCACGUCACAACCCACAUGCCACUUGGAAGCCUCUGACAUCUUCCAUACCUUUCACACGCACACAUCUCUCGCGCCCGACGGUCCCGAUCUCGAAUUCACUGUCGCCGUCGACUGCACUCACCAGCCAAAGCUGCCGGAACGUCGCACAGGAGCUUCCAAAAACAGCAACUGCGGGAUUCCCUGCCCUGGCCGCACUCAACCAUACAACAGUACCUCGAUCAGGUCAGGUACAAAAGUUUGGGGUGUGAGCCGUGUCUUCGACGCGGCCUACCAAACUCGCCUUGGGCGUCCGGUUCCAUUCCAGCCAGCCAGCUCUCGCUUCGUUUCCUUCGUGCACUGCAGGAAUCUCUCCACACUGCAGCCAGCUGCGGACUUCCACUGGAAACCUCCUUCUCACGCCCCCUCCUCCCCCCCUCUUCUUCCCUUCCCGGGCACCCACCUACGACACGCGCAUCUACCCUCACAUCCACCUCCACCGCAUUCACAACCACAACCAUAACCACCCUCCAGACCGGCCGGCUACUCAGCCAGUCUGCCUCGGUCUUCCUGCAGCGCACUGUGGCCGCUGGCCAUACUCUCGGCAUCCACAUAUAGCCCGAGCUUUGCUUUGCCGUGUCAACCCUUGCAGGAACAAAAGCAAGAACAGUUGCUGUACUUGGCAGUUGAACGCUGCCGCUGCCUGACAGCUUCUUGGACGGAUCAAGGCCACCACUCAGACCUGAAAGGGUGUAUUUUAAUCGCCAGUCACAUCGCUUGGAUCUCCUUCGCCCCAGGCGCCGCCGACCACAAGAUCAACACCUCCAUUGGUCCGCAUGCUACUCGCUACCUGUCAACCGUCCCGUUUUAUCUGUAUCGCCGCCAAACGCCGUGGCUCUUCUCCCUCCUUGGUCCGCCGUCAUAUCUUAACCAAAGGAGCCCAUCACUUGUCUUUCCGUCCCGGACCGCAAACAAAGCCCUUGUAAUUCGGCACCAUCUUGGACACCAGAACCGCCCAGGCUCGAAAGCUUAACACUAUGUCAUAAGAGCCCCUUGAAGUCCAAAUCAGCACAAGCCGUUUUGCAGUGAGGGUAGCUCGACAUCGUUGCAAUAUCUGGCUUCUGGAACCUUGGUCGCGGACCCGCAAGUAAUAAUCCAUUACCCGCUUGCCACCCGUUGUCUUGUCCGAAGCUCAAGACGACCCCGGUAUCUCUCUGACCAUUUCAGGCGCGAACCAGGGCAGCAGCUGUCGUACAUGGCAGUCGUUGCUCCGCCACCCCUAUUAAAAUCGAAGUUGGACCUCUGGGAAUCAAGCGAAUCCGCUAUAUAUCCUGCCGUACCACCUUCAGCGCCCAUGACAGACAUAAUGUCAUACCAAUAUCCGCCGCCGCCUCAAAACGGCGCUGACAUGGACAUGUCGCCAUCGGGAUACUAUCCCAACUAUUCAGUCUCUUCACACACAUCAUCAGGAAUGGAUUCGGGGGUCCCAUCCAGAGACCGUUCAGACUCGAUGAAAAUCAAAAGGUCACUAUCGACGCCGGCCGUCGGCCCAUCUCCAUCCCAGGCCCCGGCACCCCAAUCCACGGCAUCGCAGCAGUCGACAGCCCAAGGCCAGGACCCGCUUGGGCUGGCAGGAGAAAAGAGAAGAAACAAACUUGGCUAUCAUCGGACAUCAGUCGCAUGUGGCCACUGCCGCCGGCGGAAGAUUAGGUGUAUACCUUCCCAAAACGACGUGCAGGGUCGAUGCAUGAACUGCAUUCGACUCAAAAAGGACUGCAGUUUCUUCCCAGUAGAUCAACAACCACCUCCAGACACGAGACAAAAGUCGGCGUCGAGGUCGUCUGUUGGACCCAAAAUUGCUUCAGCCUCUUCAUCGCCGGCCAUGCAGAGUGGAAUGCCGUCCGACAUGCAUGGACAACAGCCCUAUUCCCAACUCACCAUACCAUCAAUGCCUCCGCCGAUGAAGCCAGCUGGCUCCGAAGCCUACACCCCUGAUUCCAAGAUCCCUUCGAGCGCUUCGAGCUCUCGAGUGUACGAUUAUGGGCAGUCCGGGAUAACAAACUGGAUGGCAGAUGCUAGCCCGAGCUCCUCUAAACCGAGCGACUUGAAUACCAACUGGCGAACUUAUCCGGCUGAAUCCCCCAUAACGCCGGCUUUUUCCCCAUACACGCCACACGCACCGCCUCCAUCCGCAACCUGGUCAACGCCCGUAGGCUCCGAGCCUGCUCGUGACGAUCUGGCCUGGUCAUCGUCGUACCCGGCGCCGCCACCCCGAUCAUUGUCCUUUGGUGCCGAGAGCGUCUCGAGUCAAAGCCAGUACCCAUCGAUUUCGCAUGUCAGCAACCACUCGAGUCGAGAUUACAGUCGAAAAGCCAGCUCCAUGUCUGCCGACAUGUAUCCUGCCCCCAUCUCAACCGCAAUUCCCGGCGUUGAUACGACCCCCGGAUCGACACCAACUCAUGGUCUGGCGCUUUCCGCUGGGGCUGCCCCAUCAUCUGCCUAUGGAACCUGGCAGCAGCCAUACCCAUAUUCCAAACCCACUGAUGGUUAUGGGGGAGCGUGGGCAUAUCAAGAAUCGGGGCAUCCAGGAGAUCAGCAUUCGACUGAGCACGCCUAUUAUGAGCGAUAGAGCCAGCGAAUCUCAUUAUGUGGUGGAUAGGCUGUGGUCUAUGCUGAGCUUGUUGACCAACAUAAAUGGUUGUGUGAAAUUAGGCGGGCGGGAUU